UAAACUACACACACAUUCUACAGUACACACAUGCAUAUACACACACAUUCUAAAGUACACACAUACACACACACAAACCGCGACGGGAGCGCGCAGCCGCAGCAGCAGCUCUGUCAAAUCACAACGGGGGUGACGCGCACGCAGUGGACUUACAUAAAAAUCCUCCGAGGCUCGUCUUUCUUUUUUUUCUUUUUUCUUUCUUUUUAAGCGUCUAAAAAGUGACUUUUAACGCGGUGAACCGGCUUGGAAAUACGUGAACGGUGCGAAAAUGAAAAGCUGUGACAGUUUAUUAACGUUUUGAGUCGCUAAAGAAAACAAAAAGUCGUUUUUCUUUUCCUCUCCUACAAGCUCGGAGGACAGGAGACGUGAAAGGGGAUUUUACCGCCGCUUGUUUGGCUGUUUUUUAUUUUAUACUGAACAUUUUUUUAGGGUGGGGAUGUGAGUCUUCUUGGACAAGUUCGAUCUACACCUUUUAAAAAAAACACUUCUUCUUCACAAAGCAACUUUUCCUCCUUUACUUGUGUUGGUUUCGGACUUCUUCAGCAUGCUGGGGAACACGGCGCUCUACGCGGUGAAGAAACGGAAGAAGCCGGUCCAGAAAAUCCCCAAACCUUCACCUCCCGAUGGCGCCAAGUCCAACCCUUCCAAACGCCACCGCGACCGGCUCAACGGAGAGCUGGACAAGCUCACCAGCCUGCUGCCUUUCACCGAGGAGGUCAGGGCUCGGCUGGAUAAGCUGUCCGUGCUGCGGCUCAGCGUUGGAUACCUGAAGGUGAAAAACUUCUUCAACGCCACCAUAAAGAAAGGCCAGAACGGCAGCAGCUGGACCAGCGAGCGGAGCCUGAUGUUCGGCAGCAAUCCGCUCACUCCGUCCUCCGCCUCCUCCGUCAAGUCGCCCUCCUCCGCACAGAUCACCUCCAUCGACGGGGUCAGCUUCUCCGAGGGAGACCUGCUGCUCCAGACUCUGAACGGGUUCGUGUUGGUGGUGACGGCUGAAGGUUACGUCUUCUACACUUCACCGACCAUCCAGGACUUCCUCGGCUUCCACCAGUCGGACGUCGUCCAUCAGAGCGUGUUCGAGUUGAUCCACACGGACGACCGCGCUCUCUUCAGACGGCAGCUUCACUUCGCUCUCAACACGCAGAGUCAACACGACGGCAGCGCUGAGACUCCCAGCGAGCAGAGCAGCAGCGAGGUCAACAGCAACUUGAUGACGUACGAUCCGCAGGUCGUCCCGCCCGAAAACUCGUCUUUCCUGGAGAGAAACUUCUGCUGUCGUUUCCGAUGCCUGCUCGACAACUCCUCCGGCUUCCUGGCUUUGAACUUCCGCGGCCGGCUGAAGUUCCUCCACGGUCAGAACCGGCUGUCGGAGGACGGGACGUUGAUCCCGCCGCAGCUCGCUCUGUUCGCCAUCGCCAUGCCGAUGCAGCAGCCGUCCAUCCUGGAGAUCCGUACCAAGACGCUCAUCUUCCAGACCAAACACAAGCUGGACUUCACACCCAUGGGCGUCGAUGCCAGAGGGAAGGUUGUUCUGGGUUAUAAUGAAAUCGAGAUUUGCACCAGAGGAACCGGCUACGCCUUCAUCCACGCCGCCGACAUGAUGUACUGCGCCGACAAUCACUUGAGAAUGAUGAAAACAGGAGACAGCGGCUUCACCGUCUUCAGGCUUCUCACCAAAACCGGGACGUGGCUCUGGGUCCAGGCCAAUGCCAGGAUCAUCUUCAAAGGAGGAAAACCAGACUUUAUCGUGGCCCGACAGAGAGCUUUAACAAAUGAAGAAGGAGAAGAACAACUUCGCCUCCGUCGUCUACAGCUGCCGUUCGACUUCGCCACGGGCGAGGCGCUGCUGUAUGACCUCGCCCCGACCAUCGACGUCCCCGACCCGUCCCCCGCCGCGAAGCAGAGGAAGCUGGACAACUACUCCGUCAGCCGCGACUCCCUCCUUGGCUGCAUGCUGAGCCAGGACCAGUCCGUCUACUGCGAGAACAACAGCGCCAGCAUCAACGACGUCGCCUUCAAUGACACGCACGCCACCGUCAGCGUCCCCGUCAACCUCUGGCAGCAGCAGUCCUCGCCCAAACCCGUCGGGAGCUUGGUGAACUCGGAGGCUACGGUUCAGGACAUGAUGGAGACCCUGCAGCAGAUUUUGGAGGAUAAUGAACUCACAAACAGUUUAGACGUGGAACCGGACGAGCUGAAGAGUUGGGAGAGCACCCUGCUGAAGAUGAACACCAGCACCUGCGAGAUUAACGAAGAUCUGAACGAGAUCCUCAGUCAGGACAUCCUGUCUUACGUCGAGGAGCAGCUACAAAAAGAGGGCGGACUCAAGCUGCUCGAUAACCUGGACGACAUCCCUACGUUGGACCUCCAGAACCAGGGCAUAGAUCAAAUAUUGGAGUCGAACUUCAGCUGGCCUGUGGAGACGUCGAACCAGCAGCUGAUCCCCAACGGAGUGGCGAUGAUGGCACCGGUUCUGGGGACGAUGAAGCUGACCCACGCCGAUCUCCCUCAGCUAAACGGUCCCACGCUUCAGCAGAUCGCCUCACAACAACAACAGCAGCCGCCUCUCGUCCCUUCCGUGGGUCUGAACGCUGAUUUGGGCGCCCCCGCGAUGACAUUCAACCCUUCGUUUAUGGACUCUUGCGCUCAGACGCAGAACCAGCUGAGGAGCUUACAAGUCCCCCCGAAAGACAACAACAACCUCGGAGGAUUCUCGCUCCGGCAGAAUCAUCAUCAGCUCCUCUCCAACUUACCCGUCGGCCUCCAGGACCAAAGCGCCGAAUUACAGUUAAACCCCGUCUUCACCUUCCAGGGGAACCAGGGGAGGAACCAGGGGAACCAGGGGAACCAGUGGAACGCCUCCUCGCUCUCCAACCUGACAGAAGCCGACACCUUUGAAACGUACAACCAAAAUAUUUCAAACGCACCGAGCUGCUUACCGAGCCACUUUGCACUUCAGAUGCAGAACAGCGACAAUCAGAGACAAUCAUGGCAGCAGCAGCAGCAGCAGAUCUCUAACGGACACCAACAGAUGGGCGCCUGCAUCAACCAAAUUUCGGGAUUUCAAAUGAAUCCUCUCACCGGUGUCACCGCAAUGCCAAACUCAAUCAACAACUGCGCCCCCAUGUUCAGGACUGCAGAGACUUCUAAUGUUCAGUUUCCCCCCAAACCUUCUCUUCUAGCACCUUCUAGCAGCUGCAUGUUCCAAAACGCCGCCGCCCCCGCCCCCUCCGUGACCCUAAACGGCGUGCACCUCAGCCAGGCGCCCCCUUCCUCCUGUCAGAGACUGAACCCCGCCACCAGCCACAUCCCCUCCAAGCCCUCCUGUUUCUAUCAGGGGCUUCCCGGAGGUGGGGCAGUGCAGGGGAUGACCCCAAUCCCAAAUCCUGAUACGGCACUACCGUCCUGCCAAAUGACCCCCGGACUCGACCCCGAGAGCGUCCUGGCGCAGCAGCAGCAGUACCUAAACUUCAGCGAUCAGACACAGAUCAACAGCCGUCCAGUCGUAGGUAACGGAGGUUUCCCCUUCUCUUCGCUGCCCAAUGGGAACGCGUACUACUCAGAGAACAAAUAGGAAUCAGCCGCUGUGACUCUUGGACGGCAGAGGAUCCCCGAUACUGGACUGAAAUACAUUUUAAAAAGGGCCGUUUUUAAAGGAAACUGAAGAACAGAAAAGUGGACGAGAAGGACGAGGAGAUGAACCGGACCCGCUCUCUCUCUCUUCUGCUAUUCAACAGAAAGAGAGAUGAAAGCUUUAUGAGAUUGAGGAAGAAGAAAAGCUGGUAGUUUGGAGGUUUAUGGUGAAUUCCUCCUCAGAGCUGGUUGGAUUAUACCAAAAAAUAAGGAAAAAAGGAGAUAAUCGAUGUCCUGAAUCAGCAAAGUUUUGGUGCAAUCGUGAUCAAAUUUGAGGAAAUUUUGAACACAAGAAAGUUUCAGGAUGUCUGUUUUUUUCCAGAGGUGAACGUUUCCUGUCAUCAGUUCAUCAUGAGGAGGAAGAUUUAGUUUUUUGGGAAGGGAGGAAUCAGAAAGACUUGGAUGAAAGUUGGAGGGAAACCAAAACAAGCCGAUCACUCCUCAAAUCCUCUUCUAAGUUUUUUCUCUUGUAAAAACCAAAAACCUUAAAUCUCACCUUUAUAAUUAUGAGCUCAGUGUCUAUUUCAACUCUAAUUAGGAGUCGAUUCUUAAUUGAUUCCUAAAUUAAUCUAUAUUUUUAAACAAAGAUGGCAAAUAUUUUACAGUUUUAGGCUCUCAAACAACUUAUUUUUUGGUCUUACGUUAUAAAUAUUUGAAUAUUUUUGAGCUUUUGGAUUUUUUUGUCGGACUAAACCAGAUAUUUAGUUACUAUUUUCUGAUGUUUUAUCAACUUAAUUCAUCAAUUAAUACAAAAAAUACAGUAUUAACACUUAUUUUAUAUCAUUUUAAAUGUAGUUUUGUUGUUUUCGUGUCUCUAUUUUUCUUUUUUGACAUGACCAGAAUCAUGAAAUAUAAAAGCUAAAAUGUUCAGUAUGUUUUAAUUAUAGAUGGAUGUCAGAAAAUAGUGAACAUAUGUCUCUUAUUAGAUAAAUAUCACGUCAUUUAAUGUUUAGCUUUCUUCUGCCGACAGCUGAAAACUAAAAGAUAUUAAUUUACUGUCAUAUAUAACAAAGAAAAGGCUGAAACCAGCAAUUUUUGGGGCAUAUUGGCUUAAAGUAAAAGGACUAUUUCAUCAUCAUUGUAGUGUAUGACAAAUAAAAUCUAGAUUAGUUGAAAUAUAAAGGCCUAAAUGUUCAAUAUGUAGGGUUUCUUUCAUUAUCGAUGAGCAGUUUUGUCUGUAAAAUGUCAGAAAAUGUUUAAUUUUGUGCGACCAACAGUUGAAAACCAAAAGAUAUUAAAUAAGUGUCACAUAUGACAAAGAAAAACAUGAAAUUAUCACAUUUAAGAGGCUGAAACAUUUUUUUUUUUAAAAACCCAAUUUAUUUGAUGACUGUGGGUGUUUUCCUCUUUCAGCCACAGGGGGGCAGCAGUGAGUCAACUCCUUUUUUUAAUGAAAGUGACAUUUCAACUUUUUUUAAUCUUCUUAUUUUGGGGUUUUACAAGAGAAACCAUUGAAGGAUGGAGGAGUUACUAGUUUAUUUUUUGGUGAAUUAACUUCCCUCCACCUCCCAAAAUGUUGCCACGACAACGAUCGACAAGGCAAGAAAGGAGAAAAAGAAAGAAAAGAAAAAAGAAAGGCCUGUUUUAAAUCCUCUGCCGUCUCUCUGACGAACAAACAACUCCCUAUAAAAGCGCUCAGAAGGAUAAAAUAUAUCUACUUUUUGUUGUUGUUUUUUGUUGUUUUUGUCCUUUUUUUUUGUUUUUUGAAAGUUCAUUUCAAAUCUAUAUUGUCUCUUUAAUCUUCCCGCUGAGGGAGAUUUUUGCUUUGCAGACAGGGUAUAUUAAUUAAUGAAUUAAAAGAAAGAAAAAUAAAAUAAAGAAACGCACAAUAAAAAACAUCCAACUAACAAACAAACAAACAAACAAACAAACAGAGUUUAGGAGGAAUCAGUGAGGACAGCUGCUUGUUUUUAUGUCACUGAGCCAGUUUUAUAUGUCUUUUCUUUUUACUUUCUCUUUUAAAUAUUUCUGUUUCUUUUCUUUCUGUGGAAAAAAAAUACAGACAGUGCCUUAAAAAAACUGACAGAUCUGUUUGAAACUUUAAAGGGACAGUCUGUCAAUUUAAAUAAAAUAAAAUAUGAGUGGAAAUUUAGAAAAAAACAAAGUGAAUAAAAACUUACCAUUUGCCUUAACUUCAACAAGCCAAUUAUGUUUUAAAUAUUUAUUGCACUAUUUCUUUAAAGUGUUGCCAAAGCAUAAAGAAAAAAUUAUUACCAAGCCCCCCGAAGAUAAUUUUAUUAUAAAAUAAGCACAAAUUAAGAUGAUUUUAGUACUUAUUUCAUUAAAAAAUGAUGCUUUUAAUGGACUAAAUCUUCCAGAUUUGAUAGAAAAUAGAUUAAUAGCACAUUUUAGUAAAAAAAAAAAAGGCUUAAAAACAUAAAUGAAACCAAAUAAUAACAUACUGAUUUAUAUUUUUUGUGACAAAUUUCCGUCCUCUUCCUCUUUUCCUGUUUCCAAAUUAAUGUAUGGACGCUCUUGCUCGGAUCAGGAGUAAAAAAAAAACACAGAAGUUAAAAAACAAAACAACAAAAACAUACACACAAAAAACACAGUAUAAAGGCAGCUAUUGUAUAUUUUAAAUGAGGAAAUAAAUAGGGGGGAAAAAAGGAAUAAAAUGAAAUAAAACAACAAAAAAAAGGAGGGGUGUAAACUUCAAGUGCCUUUUUUUUUAAUUGAACCCUUUUGAUUGUUAAAAAAACACAAUUCAGCACUUAUAAAAGAAACGCUGGAAGUCGCUUCAUCCCCGUACUGAGCCAUUAAAACCUGCUUUUAUAGCCACAAAUAUACACAAAUAUAUCAUUUCCAGCACUUAUUUAAAACAGUUCUUCUACAAAAUGAAUAAUUUCCAGCGUAUUUUUUAAAAACCGAGGCAAGGAUCUUUUAAAAAACUUGACUUAAAUACCAAAUAAAAAGCCAUCUGUGAUGAUUUAAUGUCCGAGGAUACCAAAGGGAGAAAUAAAUGAUUUAUAUUUAUCUAUAAACACUUAAAACAGCAACUAAACGGCCGCACUGAUUGUAGUUUUACGUCGAUUUUAACAAACUAGAAUCGUGCUGCAUUCAAUUGUUAUGGGAAAAAGUUGUAAUUACCAGUUUAGGUGAACAAACCAGCUGUAGUUUUAUCUGUGAAAGCUUUUAAUUAGCACUUCAAACACAGCGUAACUCAAAUUUAAUGGAUUUAAUGUUACAUAUUUAUCAACUUACGCCAACAUCUACAGUAUGACAUGAAUUGUAAUUACAAGUCUUUUAAUUCCCAUAUUUCACGAAUGCUCCAUUCUCCGAGGGCUUGUUAAAGAGGCAUUCUGGGAUAUGUAGUAAAACCACUAACUGCAGUAGUUUAGAGGAGAGUCAGGUGCAGUUUGCAGUAUUUUAUUAUGACUUUGGCUCAGUUUGUUUUAGGAGUUUAAUGUGAAUAAUUAAACACAAAGAAAAAAACCCACAAACUUAACGUUGUCUUCUUAAAGAUUAUUCACUGAAAAUUGCAAUUAUGCCAAAAAAUCCCAAUAAUCAGUGUCUGAAAUGAUGCACAGACGGAAUAAACUGUAAAUAUCACUUCCAUACAAGACAAAAUAUAUGUUCAACAUUCAAAACAUGAAAAAUAUUAAGAAAAACACCAAAUUUGUUCAUAUAUUUACUUUAAAAAUGAAGCUUUUUUGUAUUUAAAGGUAAGAAAGUGGGAAAAUUCAGCCAAAGAAAUUAUAAAAUACUGUAAAAAACAACAUUAAACUCUCAAUUAUCUUCUCUGAGGAUGUUUUAGUGAGAUAAAAGGAGAUAUUUGACAAUUAUUUGGUGCUAUUAAAACAUCUUUACAGCAGAUUUUUAACCAAAAACACCAAAAAUAAACAUCACAGAUGGUCGAAUUCUUUUAGACUCAGUACAAAAAUGAAGCACGUUGCUCGGAGGUGUGUGAUUUUUUUAAAUUUUUAACAUAUUUUCUCCUUUUAAAAAAAAAUCCAGAGUGCUUUCAAUCAAAGCCUUUUUUUCUCCUCACAUGGUAUUCUGCAGAAAUAAAGAAAUAUAUCGUGUUGCCUGCUUAUAUAAAAACAAAAAACACAAAAUAUUAAAAAAAGGCUUUGUACUUAUACAUUUAUUGUUCAAACCCCUGAAAGGCCAAGGCCUUAAAAUGCAGUAUCUUUGUGUAUCUGUAUAUAAAUAUAUAUAUUUUCCUUCUUUUUCUGUUGUUUUUUUCAUAUAUUGUGUAUUUUAUUGUCAUAUCGCCUUAAUCUGACUCACGCUUAUCAUUUGUUUUGUACAUUUUCUGCACAGCAUAUACAUUAUGUAACCUCCUGUUAUGAUGUUUUGUUGUUGUUGUUGUUUUUGUAACUUUUCAACUUAUAUAAUUAUAUCUUUGUGGAUUUUGUGUUCAACAUUUUGUCUCCAACGGUGUAUGAGAGUUUGAGUCAAUCUUUUUUUUUUUCAUGCUCACCAUAUUAAAGGUGAUGUGAUCACACACUGA